ACCGUUAACCGAUGAGAUGGAUUCUGAGGGCCGCACGAGGUCGGGGGCCAAUCGCAGUAGUAGUAGGCGAGGCCCGCGCUCUGAUUGGCGGAGCAGCAACCAAUCCGGGAGUGCCAAUUCCUCCGCCAAUCAGUACUCGUCGAGCGACGAGGACCCAGAAGUGAGCAGGAACACUGGCAGGGGCUACCGCUCGGCGCAGAGGACAGGUGACCGCGGCAGUAACCGUUCCCGCGCCACCACGCCCCUCAGCCACACCUCAGACCCUGACGUAGGCGACCCACCCUCUCUAGUCUCCCUUCAGGACGCCGCCCACGCCCACCCCAACAACCUCUCCCACUACCGCGGCCAGUACUCGACUCGCGGCGGGCGGCGGCGGGCGGCGGCGGCGGCGACUCCACGGCGGCCGUCAUGAACCAGCUCAGCUCCGCCCACGGCCACUACUACCAGGAGAUCCCCCAGACCGGCCACCACUACGCCAACCACCUGGACGAGUACGAUUCCCCCGUGGUCAAAGGCAGCCGCAAGUACCCUCAGGGGCGGCGGAUGCCCGGCGGGGGGUCGUCGCUCUCCUCGUCAGACAACAACUCGGACACCACGUACGCCGAGAGCGACAUAAACUCGAGUCUCCGGGCCAAGAUGGCGGCCCUGGACAACGACGCCGCGGGCACGCCACCGGACCCGGCCCCUCCCGAGGUCCCUAUCCGGGGGCCCUCCCACCACCACCCGCUCCUGGCGGCGUCGCGUCGGGCGGGCGGCGCGCCCCCGGCCUCCAACAACACGGGCGUCGGAGGCCCCCCCUCGCCGCACUACCAGGACCACCUCCAGGACGACACGUACCAGCAGCCCAACUCGAACGUCUUCCUCUCUCAAGGUGAGUGAGCGGGUCUUAAGGCUGAUCCUAAAGGCGGUUUCGGGCCCGGGGUUCGAGUCCGCCUUUGGGCUCGAGGCGCGGG